AUGGACGCUUUCGGCUUACGCAAACAUGCUCUACUCUGUGUGCAACUGCAGCGCUACGGUGAUGCUGUUUCCUCCAUCAACCAAUGGUCACGUAUCGCGUCCCGCUACUCAGAGCUCACCAUGGCGGACUACGAGCUCAUCGACUCUGUUUACACCACCGCGCAGGAUGAGCUGCUUGUCCAGCUAAAGUCUCUCAACAACUUGCACGGUGCACCGCCUGCUGACACGGAGACACGUAUCGAACACGAAUUGCACACUAUUUUGCAGAAUGGCCUCGAUCUUGUUCACCACCUACUUCUCUUUACGGUCGCCCCGUCCGCCCAGUCGCGGUUCUGGACAUACAAUAUGCUCGGUCGCUUUCACUUGCGCCGCGGGAGGCUUGCAAGCGGAGAGGAACGCGCACAUCACAAGCAGCGAGCCCUUGAGGCCUUGAUUGCGGCCAUGUGGCCAGUGCUGAAAGAAUCCGAGCUCUGGGUGAGCCCUCCGCACCCCGCCCAUGUCCAGCUUGUCGCUGACAUCGACGCUGCUAUUGAACUACCUCGCAACCUCCUACAACGACCUCUGUCAAGCCGGGGCCACAUGUCCGCUGACACACAAUGGUCUACACGAACGUCCACCAUCACCGCCGCCCGCCGCAGAAUGGACGACUCCCGCGUCCGCGCCGUGCUCUGCAUGCGAUUACAGCGCUUCAGUGAUGCCGUCCACCUCAUCACUCCCUGGUCGCUCUCCGUGGCCGCGUCGAAGGAGCUGUCGGCAGACGACUACGCCCUCAUUCAGUCCGCAUACACAGCCGCAAUAACCCUUUCUUUGCGUCAGAAAAGCGAGCUCAAGCGGCUGGAUGCUACCCUGGCUGCGACGCCCAGCGCGCGGGACAUGAUGACAAUUGUCGACUACGAACUGCAUACGCUUUUGCGGGAUGGAAGCAGCUUGGUACAACAACUCCUGGUAUCUUCAGUAACGCCUGAGGCGCAGUGCUGGGCAUACAGCAUGUUGGGACGAUUCCACCUUCUCAGCGGCUUGCUCACAAACGGAGGGGAACGUACUUACCACAAGGAGUGGGCCCUUGGAGCAUUCAUUGAGGCGCUACAUUUUGCGAAGGAGCUCUGGGAGAACCCUGCAUUUCCUGCUUAUGCUCAACUUGUUGCCGACAUUGAAGGUGCCCUCAAGCUGUAG